AUGCAUAUCAAUCAUUAUUCCUGCCGGAUUGGAGAACCUGAAACCUUUGAACAUCUCUUUCUCAAGCAUCCUGAAGCACUGUCAUUUGGUCCUCUUCUUCUGGAGUCAGAAAUAGUGUUGGAAGAUAUCAGUAUUGAGAAAGCAAUGAAAAACGAAGACAAACAAGACUUACUAGCUGUUGACUCUCUGUUUGCAACCACACAAGACUUGGAGCAUGACUCAGCUUGCUCUAGUGGCCAUUUCAAUAGUGAUAGUCUCUCUGAAAAUGUCCAUGAUGCUGAAACCCGUGGCGGAAUGACAGGACAAUCUAAUAUAAAAUAUGCGACUAUUUUCACCAACUCCAUGUCAAGUGGGCUUUAUGAGCCACCAAAGGAUCUAAGCAGCUCUUUUGUAAGAGGUUUUCUAGGCCAUGAUUCGUUAGUUCCAACAUCUUUCUCUGGCAGUUCUUGGGCAGUGGGAAAUCAAUCAUUUCUGCUAUUGCCUGAUUGCGAUGAAUGCCUGCCCCCCCAAAAGCUCUCUCUUUCUGUUGUUUCAUCUGAGGGAUUUUCAGAACCUUCAGAGCAGGAUAGAACUUUUAAUGAGGAAGACAGUCCAAAGAGAAGCAUGUUCUACUUAGGAAUGAGCUCACUCAAAAGUGAAAAUGACAUCUUUUUAACAGAAAGUUCAAAUGGGGUUUGUCACUUUCACACCAAUGCUCUAGUUGGAGGCAUGAAGUUUCCUCAAGAUAUAACCAGUGAUCUCAAUCCCUUUAUCAACAAGUGUGAAGCCCCUGUUCAAGCUUUCAUACCAUACAUGCCACAGUUCCAGACAAUGGCAAUUAAAUUGCAUGAGACAGCCAGUGGUAAAGUCUAAGCUGCCACCUAUUGAAGUGUACGCUUGAUGUACUCUUGAUUUAGGCCUCUUUACUCUCCUUGAGAUUCGCAUUUUGCGCAAUGAACAGGCCCAUAAAACUCAUAGCCCACAUAUUUUAUUCAACGUUGCACUUCUGUUACAAGAAUAUUGCAUUUUCUCCAGGUACAACAACCAAACAACAUUAGGUAUCUGGCAAAAUGUGUUUGCUGCCCACCCACCCCCGGCCGAUAAUUCCAUUGUAACUUUUAUGUGAAACGUGGCUGAAUCCAAAUCUUUUGGAUGCCGUAGUGGCCUUACUAAAUUCAAAAGGAACAAAUCCUUUCCUCCCCCGCCCCCCAUCUGCUCCAUGACUGCAUCAUUCUGAGAAUGGAGCUACUACAAAAACAAACAAACAAAAAACCCUUUUAAAAGCACCUCGCUGGGCCUUGUAUUAUAUCAUCCCAUAUUCCCCCCACCAUUUUAUGAACAUUUUUAAAAGACCGUUUAAUGUGUGUGCUUUCCGCUAUUCACAUUUUUAGAAACUUGGAGAGAGCAGCAAGCCUAUCUGUUAUCGGAAAGGCAGAUACAUGCGCGCACACACAGCAUGUGUUAUGUGGGAGCAUAUAGUGAGCAACUGAAACUGGAUGGGUGACUGGGAGCAUGGGGGAUAAAGUGAGGGCUGGAUACUGCUUGAUCUAGUGAAGAGACCCUUAGAAUGUCCACCUAUAUUAGAUGUAUUGAUUUAUAUUGAGUGUAGGGUGUUUUAUAAAUGUUAUUUUUAGUACCAAACUAAGUGUUUUGCUGCAUAGUAGACUCAGAACUUACCCACCCUUCUGCUUGUCCUGUGGCUAGAAAACACGGUUCUGAACAGCUUUUUGCUUAUCCUAUGCUUUCUAACAUGGGUCUAAGCGGUUUUGCCUUUGCUCCACCGCCUCUCCCUGGAAAACACACUCUUCAGCUAUAAAAUGGAACAAACAGCAAUUUGUGAAAAACUCGAUUGCCAUUGGCUCCAAAUCAGCACUAAACCACGGGCAUUCCUGGGGGAAAGCGGCUGGGCUGGUUCUCCUGAAACACAAUAUCUGCAAAGCAACUAGUGAUAGCUCUCCUCCAAAGAGCACUGUUGUCAAGGGUAUUUUCAUACAAUUUUCUAGCCAGGACUUUAAUAGAAGGUGGGAGGGGCAGCCCAGACUGUUCUGCCACCUGAAGCAAAACGGGAAGGUGCCACCUCACCUGGCAGCUGCUGCCUCUGCUGCGCGUCCCUACAGUCAGGGUCACGUGGCUUACCGUUUGGCUGCGCCAGCUUCCAGCAGUGAGGAGAAGUGGUAGCGGCUUCUCCUCACUUCUACGGUGGGUGGCAACUGCGGUGGCAUCAGAGGAGACACGGCAGCAGAAGUGAGAUCUGGCCAACCCCCCCGCCACUGCUUCACCAGCAGUGGGAGGGGUGGAGCACAGUGUCAGUGGGUGCUGCCUAAGGCAUUUGCCUCCGUUUGCCUCAUGGGUGGGCCAGCCUGGAACAUGUGAAAAAAAUGUUGAAUAGGUAUGGAGGGGUGUGUGUGUGUGUGUGUGUGUGUGUGUGUGCGCGUGUGCAUGUGUGUGCUGUCUUAAACAACUAGAUGUGGCAUUGUGCAAGCAUAUUCCUAAUAUCUAAUCUCUCAACACUAAAGAUUAGUAUAAAAGCUUGUCCUGCCAUUUGGGAUCAGUGCCAGUCUGUUAACAUGGAUAUGCUUGAGCAACACCUGUAUUCAUGAUGACUCAGACCACACUGCAUGGAGGGGAUGCCUGAGGAGUAUAUGAGUACCAACACUUGCAUAUGCCCAGUCUCUGAUUAAAAUCUCCAAAGAUAUUUUUCAUCCAUUUACCGUGUAACAGGGACAGGGCUAUCAAGUGCUAACAUUGUUGUUUUGUUUUUUAAGUGGAUUUGUUAGUGAGUAAGAUACUGUUGCCUUCAGCAAUGGAUCUUAAAACACCAGCAUGCCUUCCUUCAUAAUUUGGAUAGAAAAUUGACAGUGCAAGCCUAAGUCUGUCUGUGCUCAGAGGUAAGUCUCAGCAUGUCCAAUGAGACUCACUCACUAGUAAUGAGUUUAGAAUUGGAGCUGAUACAAAGCUGGUAUAGGCUAUUGGGCAGUGUUCCAGUUCCAAUGUUGCUCUUCAGCAGAGAAUUGUAAAGAAGUGAUGCAUCUCUGCCCACAAAAAGCAGGGUGGGAACAAAAGCUCUAGGUAUUGCUUUAAGUGGGCAGAUACUCAUUGGAAUUGGCUUAGAAGAGCCAUGCUUCUUCCAUGGAUUUUGGUGGACUGAAUUGGUCUUUAAAAUGUCCAGGUCUCCAGUAUCCCAGGUCAACAGGGGUUUUCAAAGCUUUCAUUUGGUUGUGGCAAGUCACAAUUUUGCCACAACCACAAAAGUGUUCCCACUUUCCAAAACAGCUGAAAAACCCAUUUAUAUGACAGCACUGUGAACAGACAUUCAAAGAGAUAGAGAUAGCAAAUUUAUUGACUAUUACCAUAGCUACCCCAACCAGUCAUCGUUUGUGUGUGCGUUUUUAAAUGUAUAUUUAGUUAAUUGAUGCUAGCUACCCUAGUCCAUUUCAAAGAUCCUGGUAACAGGACCAAGCCACAGCUUUCCUAGUAAGAAAAAGCAAUAAUUUGUAACUAUUUCACCAUCCAGCUUAACUUUAGGUAUCAAAAGCACUGCAGACUGAAAUCUAUUACAUAAUUUCUGAAGCUGAACCCGCAGUUGCUACCUGUCUAAUGAAUGUACAUGGAACAAAAUCAGCCCUGGAGGAAUUGUGUGUUGGGUUUUAUUAGUGGCCUGCUUGAUGUAUUUGAAUGUAUAGGAAAACUCUUGUUGGUUUUGUAAGCAAGAAGUAUUUCCAUGAUGAGUUAGCAAGGCAACACAAAAAAAACACUCAGCUCUUUCACCAUAGCUCUAAUCUUGAUUAGCACCUUAACUUUUCUAUUUGCUGUGCCUCUGAAUGCUGUGCCUUACUAUUUUUUCAUACUGCUUAGCUAAUUGUCGUACUUUGAAAUCCAGGUUAGGAGGAUGUAGCGACCCACUUCUAAAGUAUACACACAAUUCAACGCAAAAUCACGGGUAGUUUCUGCUCUUUAAGUAGUUAUAAAAAAAUAGGUUCAUGUUUUUAACUGUAACCAACAAAGAUAAAUUUCCUAAGUUUUCAGGAGCUUUAUUCUUUGUCUUAGUUUCAGUGACAUAGACAAGCAGAGUGCAUAUAUAUAUAUAUAUAUAUAUAUAUAUAUAUAUAUAUAUAUCUAGAAUUGCUAUUAAAAUCUCAAAAAUGACAUUCAGUCUUGCACUCCUAUAAACUCCUAUAAAAGAGGCAACAUCUGCAUAUUCUACAUCUACCAUCUGCUCUGUUCUAUCUAUGCCCCAGCCUAAUCUUUAGUAAUUACUGUAGCUAACACUAAUGAUGCCUAGGAAUAAGGCCUUCGACAGUGAAGAUUAGAAGCCUGAGCAACUCUUAUAUAAUGCUUCAUUUUACGAUUGCUUUUUGUGAUUCUUCAAUCUAUGGUCUGUUUUCUUAGUAUUUCCAUUACUUUAGAGCACUGUAAUGGGACUUGUAAAAUCUCAGUGUUCAAAUUGCCUGGAGAGCUGUGAAGGUGAAUAACAAAAUAUAGUUACAGCCUCACCAGUCAGAACUGCCCUGGGACAUUCAAGAGGACCUGAAAAUAAACAGUUCCAAUGAAUACUUUUUACCUUCAUGGACCAAUAUAAAAAGACAAGGAAUUUGCAUCAUGCAAGUUUUUAUCAUUAUCCCAGUCCAUUUAUUGUACAAUAUCUGGAAAUUCUAAGAACUAAAAUGUAUGUAGGUCACCAGUAAAAUGUUCCUCUAGGUCCCAAGAGGGAGAUACGAUUAGGUAGGCAGAACUAAAUUUGCUUUGGCUGAUGUGCAUGUAUUGAUGCUCACAGUAAAUUUGGUCUAUUCUUCUGCAAGAUGUACAGCUUUUUGCCAAAUUCUUUCCUGUUAUAUAAACACUGGAUAUAUGAUUAGAAGUGUAUCUGAACAUUCCCUUGAUAUUCCCCUAUUUAUCCAUACAAAGAUGAAAAAGACACCGGAGGGAUGGGGUUGGGGAAUUUUAAGCAUUACACUGAUGCUAUUUCUACUUUACACUGUUCUGUCAAAAUAUAAGGGUCUAUAUUAUAUGUCCAGGUCAUUGAUUCAUUUAACCCAGGGCUGCCAGAGCACCUUUCAUGGUUUUGAGCAAAAGCCUUUAUUGAUUUGUUACAUGAAGCUGUUUCUCGCCAGGCUAUGCUGGGAACAGAAAAUGAGGCCUUAUACACACUCCCAGCACUGGUCCUUUCUCAUUGUAAACAGUUUCUGGCAGUUUCUCCACAGCACUAUUCCCCCUCCCUGCAACUAAGCUUAGGGAAAACGUUUGGGAUCUAGAUAAUAGGAAGAAUGCAAAGAUAUCCAUGAUAAAGUCCUGUCCGGAAAAAGCAGAGGACAUCCUGACACAAAGACAAUCACUUGCAGUCUUUGUAUGCUACCUCCUCACCCCCCACCCCCAAUACUCUCAUGUUUCUGGUUACUGCUCUUGCAUGCACUACAUUUUGCACCCUGAUGUCAUGGUACUCAGGCAGCCAAAAUUGGCCCACUUCCCAACACAAUGCUGAUUUCUUAAAUUGCAAUGGCCUUAGGGUGCUUUUGCAUUUCCUAGGUACAGGACUAAUCAAGCAGCAGCUCAGUGCUUUGGUUGACACAGUAGUACCCGCAAUCUGGUUGACACAGUAGUACCACAAUCUGGGAAGAGUCAGAGCAUUACAUGGGCAUGCCCAACCACCAUAGGUGAAGCGUAACCACCAUAGGUGAACCACUAUGUUAACCACCAUAGGUGAAGCAUAGUUUCCACCCAGUCCUCAGUGGAAAUGAGCCAGGGAGAAGGAGUGUCCUCACUCAUAGCUAAUAGCCAUAGCUGAUUUGUUUUAAUCAAUGACAGCUAUUUCCUCAUCAGGUACCUCUGCUCUGUGCAUCACCCUCGCUUACUGCAUACCAUGUGGAUUGCUCUGGCGGCAGAGUUGGUAAUAGGAUGUUUCGUACAUUUAUUAUAGAGUAGAACAGCUGCUGUCAAAAUGAUCUCAGCUGCUACAACUUGCUAAAUGCCGCACUGUGAGCAAAGCCCAUGCAGGUCUAUCUGCACAGGUAUUUAGAAAUGAUCACUAUUAUCCUUUGAUUCUUACUCUCGUCAUUUAAAUUGGUGGAACACUGGCCUUGGAGAGCAACAUGUGAAUAGCUUCCCAGUACUUUCAACAACAGUGUGUGUGUGUGAGAUACGCACAUUGUGUAUCAGAUAUGUAUUAGAGAUAUGAACGUGGAGUAUAGCUUACAACACUUUUUCAGGUGAAAAAGUAGCAAGCUGUAUUAACUAACUCUUAUUAUUGACAUAAAUUAUAAAACCCAAAAUAGCAGGCCUGUUCACUACCACAUGGUGCUGUAGGAACAGAUGGAUGUGAAGGGAAAGUCAGAAGGAGCAACAUACCUUCUGUUGACAAGGAGAAUCCCAUCAGAAUUUGUGGCUCCUGCCCACAGACUCUAUAGCAUAGUGUAUGCUGACACAUGUUGUUGGGUAGUACUGUGCCCAAAUUGCACAUAAACCUGCACUUAUAGCUUUUGUUCAGGAAGAAUCCAGGACAGGUGCUAAUGGUAGUUUUUAACCGACACCUUCCUAUCAAUAUACCUCAGCCACUGCUAAGUGCAAAACAGGGUUGAUUCUUACAACUUUGGUAGUAUAGUUGUAAGUUUUGCUGAGUGAUAAAUUAUUUAUCCAGGUUACACUUGAAUACACAUCCAGGUGGAACAUCCAUACAUGAGUCAUUUCUGUUAACCUUCAAGAAAAUAACUCAGAUUGAAUUCACAUAUGCUAUUCACUAUUACGGGUCAUUUGCAGCUAGAUAUGAUAGAUUAAUAAACUAUAUUUUUCAAAUUGUGGCCUGUGAGUAGCAUAAGUAACAAGUACCACGUUGCUUUUGUAUGUCUGUAGAAUUAUGGUUUGUUAACCGCUCACGCCAUUCUGUCUGACUAUCUUUGGUAUUUGAGUGUAAAAAUGUUCUGGGUUUUGUUCCUGCCGAAACUGUGGCUUGAAUUGGGCUUUGAACCACGAUUUCUUAGUUGUGGGGUAUCUGUUUAGCUCAUGCUUUAAAAUACUUGCCAGAGUACUUUUGUAUUUAUUUUUGUGAAUAAAAUGUUUACUGUUGAGGUUGUAUUUUAAUAACAUCCUUGUACUCUUCUGUGUGUAGCAUCUUUGUUUAACUUUUGGGAUGCAAAG